GAAUCUAUAUUUCUAUCCUUGACUGCAACUAUUUCGAGAUAUCAGCAGUGCUCAUUCGAUGGAGAACGAAGAGAGAAAACUAGCAUCGAGGUGGGUCCCUUGUACCCAGCUCGAACAAGUCCAUCCAGAUAAUGCAAUAGCAAUGGUUUUGCAAGAACAAGAGAGGGCUUUCACAAUUCUCACAACCAUCGAAAGCGACAGUAAUAAGGAAGAAAGUGAUGAGGCUUCAAGCAUUGACAGCAAUGAGGAUGGCAACGACUACGAGUUCUUCCAAAGCCUCGAAUUCGAAUCUGAAAUGGAGUUCCAGCGGGAAGGACAGGAUAGUGACAGCGAUGAGGAUAUGGAAGAGGAAGAGGAUGACAUUGACCUGGACGAGCUAUCUUACGAAGAGUUGAUCGCACUGGGAGAAUUUAUAGGGCAGGAGAAGAGAGGACUAUCAGUAAAUGAAAUAUCUACUUGCUUGCAUCCAUGGAAGUAUCGAUCUUUAGCAAACAAAACUGGGACUGAUCGGUGUGUGAUUUGUCAGAUGGAAUACGAAGAAGAUGAAUCACUGGUAGCUCUUUCUUGUGACCAUCCUUAUCAUUCUGAAUGCCUAACCAAGUGGCUUCAAAUCAACAAGAUUUGCCCCAUUUGCAGCACCGAAGUAUCAUCGCCUAGAAAUAUUUCUAGGACUGAUUAGUUAUUUCCACUUGAUAUGCAUUGAAAAGUUCUUAAGACUCAGUAUUAAUCUGAUUGUAACAUUGGUUGUUCAUGAACUCGAUUGGAACUGUACAUCAAUAAAUAAAAGCAUGCCAAGGGUUUCGACUAAA